GGAAACCACCUCAGACAUUGAAGAAGGCCACCACUGUUUAAUCACCCAAGAGACAAAGGUGUGUGGGGGGGAUCGGCUUGUUAUAGGAAAUCAUCAACUCAGAAGCAUAAUGUGUGAGAAACCCAAACUUACCUACUUUAAUGGAAGAGGGCGAAUGGAAUCAAUUCGAUGGCUGAUGGCAGCAUCUGGAGUAGAGUUUGAAGAAAAAUUCUUGGAAACAAGAGAACAGUAUUUGAAGCUAAUCAAAGAUGGCUGUUUGCUAUUUGAUCAAGUCCCCUUAGUGGAGAUGGACGGACUGAAGCUGGUCCAAACAAAGGCCAUUCUCAGCUAUUUAGCAGGGAAAUACAACCUCUAUGGGAAAGACCUGAAAGAAAGAGCACAAAUUGACAUGUAUGCAGAAGGCACUCUGGAUAUUACGUCAAUGAUGUUAAUGUAUCCAUUCUGUCCACCUGAACAAAAAAAGGCUCAGUGUGCCUCCAUCAUUGAAAAGGUGACAACUAGAUACCUUCCAGUCUAUGAAAAGGCAUUUAAACAGCAUGGGCAAGAAUUUCUUGUUGGUAAUUGCUUUAGCUGGGCAGAUGUACAACUGAUUGAAAUAAUUUUGAUGUUAGAAGAGCUCAAAUGUGACAUUCUUGCACAGUUCCCUCAACUACAGGCUUUCAAAGCAAGAGCAUGCAACAUUCCUACCAUUAAGAAGUUCCUACAGCCUGGGAGCCCAAGGAAACCACCCCCCGAUGAGCCCUAUGUAGCCAAAGUGAAGAAGAUUCUCGCCCUGAACUAAGAAUUGCAUCAAGCAUCAAGAAUGCCUGUCAGCGUGCCUGAGAAUGCUGAAAAUUAGAAGGCAGUUAAAUGAAAUGAUCACCUGCAUGAUUAAAAGCACUAAGUGGGAAUGUAGAAUGUUGAGUAACCGUUGUUUCUUGGAGUGUAGCUUGCUUUACAGGGCGUUCAGUUAUUUGCUUGAAAAUAUUCAAUAUAAUGUAAGAGAAUGUUUAUCCAUUCUUGAAAAUAUUAAAUAUAUUUUUUUCUGCUA